AUGCCACCUUCUGGUUUCUUCAUGCCUUCAAACCCGUUAUCGUCCUCAAUCCCAAAGAUCAGACAGGAGGGAGGUUUCAAUAGCCCACAGGAAUCUCAGCCGCAAGAACAUCAGCAGCAGCAGCCACAUGCACAUGCAACACACCCAAGCAAUGGCUCUGUACACAGCCACAGCCAUAGCUGGAGAGACCUCCACUCAUCGUUUGACAUAUCGGAUACGCUGGAUAGCCUAAUGCAAACUGAAAGCACAAAUAACCAAUGGAUGCAGACCGAUCCUUUUGCAAAUUUCAACAAUCAGCAGCAGCAACAACAGCAACAACAGCAACAACACCGCCCUCCUCAGCCACCGCCACAUCAUCACUUACAACACCCUCCACAACCUCCUUCCCCACUUAUCAACUUCCAACGUCAGAAUCCCUACGAUAAUCAAUCUAACAGUCCCGCUUCAGAUGAUAUGGGCUUUGAAAGUCCCCACCUUUCCUCACAGCCUUACCCCCGCCGCAAUUCCAUGGUUCGGGAAAAUUCUCACUCUCGCUCCAGAGCCACUUCAAACGCCAGUGGUGUCGGCAAAGCUCCAAGCUCACGCUCUAGGUCUUCCAGGGCUAGCAUUUCUGGUCCUGCUCCUCACUUAAACACCCCUCAGUCUCAAUCUAGUACCCCUGUGCCUGCUCAAGCCAUUUUCAUUCCGAGCUCUGCUCCUGCUACCCAGCCAUGGGGUCACUCUUUUCCUGGUACCGGUGCUGGUACUGCUCCUCCACCUGUUCCUCAACCUAAUUCUUCUAUGAACAACGAAAGCAACGGUCAGAGAAGAAUGUCUGUUGAUUACGGUGCUACUCCUUCCUCACUCGGUCAAGAUAAUAGUUUGAGAGAUGACGACGCUAAAUCCGGUGAGUCUCUCACUGAAAGGAGGAGAAGAAGACGCGAAUCACACAACGCUGUCGAAAGAAGACGUCGAGACAAUAUCAAUGAAAGGAUAGCUGAGCUGGCUACGUUGUUACCGGAGGAGUUACUCGCAGACGUUGGCCCACCAAACUCAAGAUCUAAUAAACAAUCUCAGACCCCCUCACAGGGCCACCAACUCCUCGAGCCUAUCUCUCCCAGACAUCCUGAUCAGUUGCCAUCUUCAUUUAGCGGCAGACUGGAGACUUUGGAUGAGACCCAAGUUGCGAACCUCCAACCAGGACAGUCGCCAACUAGUGCCCAACAACAACAACAACAAUCUCAACAAAAGCAACAAGCUGUCGCCGCAGCUGCAGCUGGUAAACCAAACAAGGGUGUUAUCUUAAGAAAGUCCGUUGACUACAUCAGGUAUCUUCAACAGGUAGUAGAUGCUCAAACAAUAGCACAGAAAGAAAUGCAAGCGGAAUUAGACUAUUAUCGCAAAAUUCACCCCCAAUCAGUGAACGCAGCUCAAACUGCAAUUAGAGAGGGAAACACUACGGACUCUUCAUCACCACAGGGGUUACUUUUACAGUUUGACAAGAAUGCGAAUCAAAGAGAGCCUAGCGCAUCUGCAGUAUCUGCAUCUGUUGUAAGUGAUGGUAGUGAAGAUUACUCACACCCACCGCCUCCACCGCUUCAGCCAUUGGUAAAACAUGAAGACAUAAGAAUAGAAGACAUGAACUCUUUCGAUGACUAUGGUUUGGGAUUCGGUCAAUAUGAUUUCAACAUUCAUAAUCAACAACAUAAUCAGAUCCAGUCUGCUAUGGAGCAGUAG